UUUUACGAAAUUUUGUCAUCUUCAAAAUGUAACAAAUGGCUAUCCAAUAUGGUAAAAAAUUAGCAUAAAUCGUUCCCUUGAUCUUUAAUGAGGAAUACGAAGAAAACACGAAGGUUGGUGAGUGAAGCGAACAGGGGCAGGAGUCUUCUAGAUUAUUAUCAAGUCUCCUAGUUUAUUAUCAAAAAUUUUAAUUAAAAUUCUUUCUUUGCAUCUAGGAAUGUCAUGGAUGCUUUGAAAAUAGCAUUUCUUGUGACGUGGUUUUGCUUCGUUGAUGCUGGUAUUCUAAAAAGUAGGCGAAGAGAGAAUGAGGCGAUGGAAACGCUGUUGGCUGUAGGACUUCUCGCCAAAGCUCUAUCUGACGCUGACGAUAAACCAUCGGAAAAUCACUGCCCUCCAAUGAUGACGAAAUAUAUUCAUGUGCCAGUGUACACAGAAAGAAUUAUAUUUCUAAAAGAAAAUCCUCAUGAAGAAUUAAAUUAUGCUUCCAGCAAAGAAAUGUGGAAAAGAAGAGACAGUGAAGAAAACAUGGUAUCUAAAGAGGCAGAUACAACUGUGAAAAUAACCGAAGAAAUAAAGAAAUGAAAUUAGUUUAAGCAAGAAUCGGUCA